UCCGCCUGCGCAGGCGCAGACCCUGCUGGUGGCGGCUGCGGCCUUUGUCUCGCGGUCCGGCUGAACCACCUGCAGAGGAGCUGGCUGUUCCUGGAAGAGGCCAGAGGAGGAGGGAAUGACUGCUGGGCUCCUCACUGCCGGGGCCCCGGAGCAAGUGACCUUUGAGGACGUGGUUGUGGACUUCACCCAGGAGGAGUGGGGGCAGCUGGAGCCCGCCCAGAGGACGCUGUACCGCGAUGUGAUGCUGGAGACCUUCAGGCUCCUGGUCUCCGUGGAUCUGGAAACCAGACCCCAAACCAAAGUGUCCACCCCAACCCAAGACAUCACUGAAGGAAUACGUACCAGUGCCCUGGCAGAAAGGUUCCUGUGGGAUAGUCUGCGGUACUCAGAGGGUGACGAUGCAGAGGGCUGCCGCAGACAGAGUCGAGAGAGCCAUGUGGUGAAGACACCCAUGCAGCAGCAGCAGCAGCAGCAGGGGGAUGGGUUUGGGGGAAGCUUCAGUCUGAGCCCCCGCUUCCCAACUCAGCCAAUGACUCCAGAAAGGCAAGGCCUCCACGUGCCAGGGACGCGCGGGGGGAGGGGGAAGCCAGACCCAGGGCUCCUCGGCGAGCAGAGAACACACGCGAAAGCGAAGCCCUACGAAUGUCAGGCGUGCGGCAAGGCCUUCGGUCACAGCUCGGCACUCCUCGAGCACCACCGAACGCACACGGGAGAGCGGCCUUACGAGUGUCCCGAAUGCGGGAAAGGCUUCCGAAACAGCUCGGCGCUCACCAAACACCAGAGGAUCCACACCGGCGAGAAACCUUACCGGUGCCCCCAGUGUGGGAAGACCUUCAACCAGAUCGCCCCGCUGGUCCAGCACCAGAGGACCCACACGGGCGAGAAGCCGUACGAGUGCGGCGAGUGCGGCAAGGCCUUCAGCUUCCGCUCGUCCUUCAGCCAGCACGAGCGCACGCACACCGGGGAGAAGCCGUACGAGUGCGGCCAGUGCGGCAAGGCCUUCCGCCAGAGCAUCCACCUCAGCCAGCACGUGCGGGUCCACACCGGCGAGAGGCCGUACCGCUGCGGGGACUGCGGCAAGGCCUUCGGCCACAGCUCGUCCCUGACCAAGCACCAGCGCAUCCACACGGGCGAGAAGCCCUACGAGUGCCGCGAGUGCGGCAAGGCCUUCACGCAGAUCACGCCGCUCGUGCAGCACCAGAGGACGCACACGGGCGAGCGGCCGUACGAGUGCGGCGACUGCGGCAAGGCCUUCAGCCAGAGCACGCUGCUCACCGAGCACCGCAGGAUCCACACGGGCGAGCGGCCCUACGGCUGCCACGAGUGCGGGAAGACCUUCAGCCACAGCUCGUCCCUCAGCCAGCACGAGCGCACGCACACCGGGGAGAAGCCGUACGAGUGCGGCCAGUGCGGCAAGGCCUUCCGCCAGAGCACGCACCUCACCCAGCACCAGAGGGUCCACACCGGGGAGAGGCCGUACGAGUGCGGCGACUGCGGCAAGGCCUUCGGCCACAGCUCGUCCCUGACCAAGCACCAGCGCAUCCACACGGGCGAGAAGCCCUACGAGUGCCGCGAGUGCGGCCGGGCCUUCAGCCAGCUGGCCCCGCUCGUCCAGCACCAGAGGACGCACACGGGCGAGCGGCCGUACGAGUGUAACGCGUGCGGCAGGGCCUUCAGCCAGAGCUCCCUCCUCGUGGAACACCAGAGGAUCCACACCAAGGAGAAGCCCUACGGCUGCAACGAGUGCGGAAAAUGCUUCAGUCACAGCUCAUCGCUCAGCCAGCACGAGCGCACGCACACUGGGGAGAAGCCCUACGAGUGUCAGGACUGUGGGAAAUCGUUCAGGCAGAGCACCCACCUCACGCAGCACCGGCGGAUCCACACGGGAGAGAAGCCGUAUGAGUGCAGGGACUGCGGGAAGGCCUUCACACACAGCUCGUCCCUCACCAAGCACCAGAGAACUCAUACCGGGUAGGCCCGCCUCACAUUUGCUCGGACCUGGAAAAGCCUUAAGUCACAGCUCAUCCCUUACCAGACUUGACCCCGUCGUUCCUAACGGAAGCGAUACAAAUCUGUGCGUACGCAAGCCUUCCCGCACCCUUAGAGAGGAACGACAGAAAUGAUUGUGGGAAUACCGAGCUC